CAUAUUCUAAGCUUUAUGAAAAAUAUGUACGAAUAUAGAAAAUCUAAAGAAGACGAAAAAACACGAUACGAUGAUCAAGCAAAAAAACUUAAGGUUAAGCCCUCUCCAAAAGCUAGUAAAGAAAAGAAAGCAAAGAAAAAAACUAAAGAAGAUCAAUCGAUGUUUAUUUUAAGUUUAGAUCCAUAUGAAAAACCAUUGAAAUGGUGGGAAAACGAGCACGUAAAAUACGCUAUAAAUUACAAACCUGUAAAAUCACGAGUGCAAGAAUUGAUGGGAAGUAACAUAAUACAUUUAACAGAUCGAGAGUACAUGAAGAUUUUUACAGACAAUAUUCGAAAGAGUUAUAGAGACGCACAGAUAAGUCGUAUUGAAAAAAAGAAGGAAUGGGUCAAGUCGAUGUUUGGAUCAUUUAUUCUGAAGGAUAAUAUAUAAGUCUGUAAAGAAA